AUUUCAUCAGCGGUCUCCAAUGCCACGCUCGAGAGCCGGCUGUAUCAAUUGCAGACGCGCAAAGGUCAAAUGUCAUGAGGAGCGUCCAUACUGUACAACGUGUGCACGGCGGGGUCACACCUGCGAGGGUUACACCACCAAAUUGCGCUGGCGCAAGACUGCUUCUCCCGAGUCAAUAAGAUGCUCUUCCUCAACUACCUUUCAGGCGAAUUCCAAAGAGCUUCCUCGGUCUCCGAAAGAGUCGCACCUGCUAUUUACACCCCUGCACCGCAGUCCUGACGCCAUACCUGAUGGCAUAGUUCCUCCGGAGGACGUCACCGCCGUCCAAGCGUGGUUCAGCAGGCACCCUAGGGAAAUGGUUGUCAGCUCUCACUUUGUCGAUGAGAUGAACGCCAACGUCCUGACUGUUCUGCAACUUCACCCAGACGCCAUCCGGGAUACAAUUGUCGCCAUCGGCCAGUUAUAUCUCGACAGACUUGGCUGUGGCUCUUUCAUCUCGGCACUCAGCAGACGGCAGAGAACGCUGGCAAGGCUGCGGACAAUGGAAGACCCGCUGCGAAAUCUAGAGCUAGCUUUAUGCAUGUUUGUACAGCUCGCGGGGCUCGAGAUCGUGGACAUGAAAACGAGUCCAGGGGAAGUGGGCCUAUCAGGCAUUCUCUCUUGCGCAGCCAUACUCGUCGAUCGGUUUUUCCUGCAGGACCGGCACCCCAGUCACAUCGCGAAGUAUUUUCUACGCGCCCUCGCCCGCCAGGACAUGAUAAUGUCGCUUACAUAUCAGCGGCGCCCCUGGAUCCGCACGUCGACGUGGUUGGACGAAGAAUGCCUCUCUUCACCAGAUCGAUUUAUGGGCUGGACAACCACCCUGAUGCCACUCUUGGAAGAACUGUGCGAGCUCGCCGAGGAUACACGUCUGGAAUUGCUCCCCGAAGAUGAUGACGAGCAAGAAAAAGAUGGUGUUUCGACAACAUUUUUUCGACAUGAACAGGCCGUAAAUCUUCAGUUGCGGAUUGAAAACUGGCAACCUGUGGUCACCGACAACAUCCCAGCUGCAUCAAGACCUACGCUCCUAGCACACGCGACUGCUCUUCAGCUGGCAUCUCUACUCUACCUAUUCCGAAUCAUCUACCCGGCUGGAUCCUUACUAGGCUGUGAUCAACAGGCGAGUGAGAUGGGAAGGACUGUGCUAUCAACCUUAGGAGUCGUCCCUGAGAAGCUGAAGACAAUGCUGUGGCCAGCUCUUGUUGCAGCUUGCGAAAUGUGCCAGACUGAAGACAGGGCGGUGGCCCUCAAUGUCUUCGAUGGGAUAUACACUAGCAGAGCGACGGCAACCGCACUCGCAGUGAAAGCGUUCUGCGUGGAGAGGGUAUGGCAGGCAAGGGAUACAGGACAAGAUUGGGACUGGAUGAAGCUGAUUUACCGCUAUCCAGGAGAGUGCACGCCUAUUUGAGUAAGAGAAGUGGGUAAUCAUAUCGACAUGUAUACGUGAACGCGCAUUGCAGCUUCUUGAUGUCGCACUCUGCUCCUACCCGGUAACAGUGGAAGGAAGCCUC